GUCCGGUGCAGUGUUUGCAAACACCUUGAACGCAGCAGAGAAGAAGGGGGGAUUGACGGACUGAGUGACGGACCAUCGGCUGCUGCUGCUGCUGAAAACAAGCGCUUAUUCUCCGCUUGCAUCGCAGGGAUCGCUCUUAUUCCUUCCGCUGGCUCUUUUUCUACCUGAUAAAUACAUUUAUCUGCAGCUCAAUCAUUUUUUUUUCCUCAAAACAAGCUCUGGAAAAAUGGAUGUACUACCCAUGUGCAGCAUCUUUCAAGAACUUCAAAUAGUUCACGACACGGGCUAUUUCUCAGCCUUACCGUCACUGGAGGAGAACUGGCAGCAGACAUGCUUGGAGUUGGAGCGCUACCUACAGAGUGAGCCUUACGUCUCCACAUCCGGCCUCAAGUUUGACGGCCAGGAGGACCUCUGGGGCAAGUUAAUCUUGGCCUGCGGGGACAAGGCCAAGGCCGACCCAAAGCUGCCCCCGGCCCACGAGGAGGACAAUCAGGACAGCCAAAUCUUGGACACCAACAGUGUGAAUUCUGACGCCAGCAGCGAAGCUUCAGACAGUUCUGAGGAGCUCUCGCCCACACACAGCUUUACCUCCAACCCUCUGGGCUCUGUCUUGGUUGGCUCUGGACCUUUUAGCCCCUCCAUCAUAAGCACGCCCCCGUCCUCUCCGGAGGCCGGCUUGGAGCCCAGCGGCGUGACCAACGGCUGGGUCGCCACGCACGCUGACUUGCACUUGCCGGUCAAAAUCAGGAGCGGCGGCGUGGCAAAGAGUACGGAAAAGACGGGAAUCAUCUGUGGGGACGCGUCACCGGACGGCAGGAGGCGAGUACACAGGUGUCACUUCAACGGGUGUCGCAAAGUUUACACGAAGAGCUCCCACCUAAAAGCACACCAGCGCACUCAUACAGGUGAGAAACCUUACAGGUGUUCAUGGGAGGGCUGUGAGUGGCGUUUUGCACGAAGCGACGAGUUGACCAGACACUUCAGGAAGCACACUGGGGCAAAGCCAUUUAAAUGCAGUCACUGUGACAGAUGUUUCUCCAGGUCUGAUCAUCUGGCUCUUCACAUGAAGAGGCACGUCUAGAGCAGGGCAAGCUCCAACCAAGCAACGCAGCGAAGGGGAAAGUUUUUAAAAGAAAAAAACAAAAAACAAACGCCGUCUCCCGACCAGUCUCUUGGUUGAACUGUCCCAGAGCAGAGUGGCGGGAGUGUGUUCCAGCCAAAGCAUGCCGUUUUGCACCAUACUGAAACCCAGUGCCUCCGGGACCUCUCUUUGGAGAAAGGCGCUCUGAAGGUUGUCUGUUGCAACAAAAGGACAAAAUCAUGGAUGGGGGAAGAAAUUGUUUUUGAUUGAGAUUGAGAAGGACUUUCAACACACACAAAAAAAGACAAAAAAAAGAUAAAAGACAAAAAGAGUGAAUGAUUUGUAUGUAUGGUGCAUGAUGUUUUGGGGGACAUCUCCCGGACAGCAGAUACACUGGUACUUUACAAAACUGUCUGAGGUAAGCAUGUGUGCACUGUGAAUGUCUGAGAUUGGCCCACCGGCCCCCUGGGAUGAAUUUUUUUGGGAGAAGAGAUGGAUUGAUGGAUGGCUCGGGGCUGGUACCAAUGUUGCUGUGGACUGAAUGGGUUUCUGGGGGGAAGCCUUUGUGUUUCCCUGGUGGCAGUGUGAGGAUGAGGCAGGUUGAAGGUUCCUGCCUGUCUGUCUGCAAAGUCUGUCACCCAGACUUUGGGGGGGGGGGUUCUCCGAAGCUUUUGAGGCCUUGGGGUUUGACUUGAGAGAAGGUGUCUGCCUUCUGGUCAGUGACCCAGGGACCAAAACGUCCCCCCCUUGGUCACUGUAUGACAGGAGCUUUUUUGGUGUUUUUGGUGCAGCUACUAAAUGUGCAAUGUGUUAUGUAGCCUGGUUUAUUAUUUUUUUACAAGCUACAAAGCUAAUUUGUAGUCCAAUUGUAUAAGCUGUGUGCUUAGAGGUAUAACACAACUAUACUAUAACUUCAGUAUCAUAGACAGGUGUUGCAUGGUUCUAGGGUUUGUUCAUUUCAUGUUUCCACUGUAAUCAGGACUGCAAAUAGUUUCAAUAAAAGUGCAGCUAAAGUGCGGACGGUUAAAUGUUACAAUAUUGUACAUAAAGCCUUGAUGAUUUCCCUCUUUUUAUUUUCACAACUUCAUUGUCAUUCUGGCUGGAGAUUUCACCACUGCUUACUCAUUCUCUCAUUCAUCCUAUGCCUUGAGGAGUACUUUUGAUUUUUCUACUUUGUUUUCUAUCUAAUAAUGCACUGUUGACCUUAAUGGUGCCUUAUGCAAGUGACUCAGCCCAAGUCACAUUUGUUGUAUGGGUGAUUUUACAAGCUUGAUCAAGGCUCAGUUACACAUUAACUCGCACCUCUUUGUGUGUCAUCUAUUGUGACGGUUAAUCGUGUUGUUAAAAUGUUCAGAAAAGCACCUUUUCUCAGUUGAGCACCGGUUUAGUUGGAUUGGAUUAAGUCAGAACAUGUAAAUAAGACAUAGUGUAUGUUUAGAGCACUUAAAUUCAUUUAUUAAAGACUACUGUGUAGUAUGUAGAGCCCGAUCGGUAUUUAACCCAAUAUUGGCCUAGCACAGAUUUAUCGUAUCAACGUAAGUGUUGUUCGAUAUGUGGCGAUA